AUGCAUUCCUCUUGCUAUAUCUUCCCCAACUCCCCCACCAUUUUCAUCGUCCAUCAACAAUAUUCAUCUUCUCACACUCCAAAAUCUCUCUGCAGCAACAGGAGUUAUCCUUGCCAAGGAUUGAAUCUUUUUGGUUGUUGCAGCAGACGAUUUAAGGAGCAAAUGGGAAAGAAGAGUUGGUUUUCCGCAGUCAGGAAAGUUAUAUCCACUUCUUAUCUCAAGGAGAAGAAACAUAAGAAAUCCCAUAAUAAAUCAAAAUCAACCAAAAAAUCAUUUCAUGGAAAUCAAAUGAGCUUGGAUAGAUCUUUAUCUCUAACAAAAGCGCCAAUAGCUAGCCCUUCCAUUUACAAUCCCCCCAUUGAUGAACCCGAGCUCAAACAACCCGAACAUGAGCCCAUGGAUCAAGAUUCAUCCCCCCGUAUCAAAUCACAAGAAGAUAUCGCCGCCAUCAAGAUUCAAAAGGCUUAUCGCGGAUAUCUGGUAAGAAACGGUUCGAAUCCUUUGAAGGCAUGGAGGAGAUUGAAAAUGUAUAUGUAUAGCCAGACAGUGAAACGACAAGGCGCGUCCACUUUAAAGUCUGUGCAAACAAUGGCUCGUGUCCGGUCUCAGGCUCGAACCAGGAAGAUUCAAAUAGCUGAAGUCAACGAGGCUCUCCGACAACAGCUUCAUCAGAAGCGUAUAAAUAAGCUCAACAACUCUAAAUCCUCAGAAAAAAGCGGUUGGGAUUUGAGUCCGAAAUCUAAGGAACAGGUAGACGAAAGUUUACGAAGGAAAAAGGAGGCUGUUGAAAGAAGAGAAAAAGUAUUAGCUUAUUCACACACUCAUCAGCAAACAUGGAGGAAGAACUUGAAAAAAAGUAAGUGUGCAGGCUGGGAAUGGAAUCGGUCAGCAAGCCGCCAAUCACCGCCCUUUAAGGUGGCGGCUCAGCCAGCAAGAUCGCAGUCAAAGGUGGCGGUUUUGUCAACAAAGUCUGUGAAAGCCUGGUCUCCGAUGUCAAAACCUGGUCCCACUCCAAUGGUGUCAGGAAAGAAACGCGUACAAAAUACACGAGCUUUGGUGGGGUCAGCCAAGAAGCGGGUUGCAGUCUCGGGUUCACCAUCUUCUGUUGGGAAAAAGUCAUUGGGUAGGACAAAUACUAACACCAAAAGGUGAGUGGAAGUUUGAAAAUGGGAAGGUGGUUGUUGUUGAUGUAUGUUGUUGGAGAAAAGAAAAAAAAAAUCUAUAUAUAAAUGUACUCGUGUUGUACAAGUAUUUAUGUAUAAAUGACAAAAGAAGAGCUCAUAUG